GUUGUUCAGGUUGAAACAUUUGCACUUAAAGUCGGUUAAGUUUCCUUUGAUAUAUCAGUGUCAAGCUGAUGUUUAAGAGGGUAUGUUAAGGACAGAUGUGCUCCAGUCCAUCAAUCCUUUAAAGUGCUGGACACCGAUGGUAAAUUGCCAUCAGACCCUAAAUAAAUUGUCCUCUGCUGUUAUCCAUAUUGCUUCACUCAUUCUUUGGUGAGUAGACGUAUUGGUUACAACUAAGAGUAGUAGGAAAAAAAAAUUGGCGCCCGAACAGGGACUGGAGCGCAUCACUAACUUUAUCCUGAAGCACAUGCUCAGACAUCUGUGAAUUCAUCUACUGCUUUGCAGAGAGAGACAAUGGAGUUUUGUGACAGGUAUGGUUUUGAUCCAGAGUACACUGUUUUGUUAAAAGGGGCUAAAGCCGGGAUUAAACUACAAGAGGUGCAAAGAGCAUUUGCUUUGCUGGAUCACGUUGUCAAAAUUCAACAAAUAGAUAGUCUCCCUGACACUAUUUUGUGUCAGUUCAUGGAGUGCAUUACCCCAAUGCUCUUAGAUGGAGAACAUUCAGCAGAUGGGGAGUGUUGGGAGGUUAUUCAGAUAGAUGAGUACUGUCCUCAGGGACCUGACAGUUUUCACCUGGCGCAUGAUGUGGUCCCCCUCGCUCGAGCAAUUGAUGAUGUGACUGCUAGUUUCAGAGAACAAGUAAACGAACUGGCAUUAGCAUAUAAUGUGAGCCCCAUGACUUUAAAUCAGGCUGCAGUGAGCCACAUGUGUGGGAAAAAUGAUACAUAUAAGGGGUUAGCUACCUCAACUCCUGCCUUGGGAGUUAAAACUCAGUCCACACCAGGUCCCAGGUCAACUGCCGCCUGUGAUGAUGGCCAUGUGCCCAAGGCUAAACAGGCACUUGAUGCGGACUCCCUGCUUGUUGAUCCUUUGCCAGCGGAGGUUCAGAGAGUCAUUGUGGAGCACAUUGUAAAACAUGACUCGCCCAUGCACACUCCCUCUGGUUUUGAGCUCCGCUCAUUUUCAGGAAACUCUCCAAAACCCCCUAAUGAGGUAGAGUACAGGGUAUGGCGACUUAGAGCUAAACAGGUACUAAAUGACUCUACCCUUUCCGAAGGGCAGCAGCGCCAUGUUUUCCUCGAUAGCUUGGCUAGCCCUGCUUUGAAUGUGGCCCUUUCUAUUGGGUCUCAAGCACCACCAAAAGACUAUCUCGAUGAGCUUGACAAGGCUUAUGGCAAUGUCACUGGAGGUGAAGAGCUGUAUAUCCAGUACCUAGAGACUCAUCAGAAUAGUGGAGAAAAGGCAUCUGAUUACUUGCGCCGACUCCAGACGUUGCUGCAGGAGGUAGUUGACGGUAAUGGCAUACCUAGAAGUGAUUUUGAUGUUCAGCUACUAAAGCAGUUCCUCAGAGGUUGCUGGGAUGACUCUCUAAUUGCCACUCUGCAUCUAAAAGAAAUAGUGGGAUCUGCACAUCAUGUUAUUCCCACUUUCUCAGAGCUGCUUUUUAAAAUCAGAACACAUGAGAAAGAGAGUCAGUUAAAAGAAAUGCGCAGGAGACGUUACAUGAGCGGCACCUCAACUAAAGUGCAGGCUCGAACACUCGUAGCCACAGAUGACGGCAGGCCUUCUGGCACCCUCCCACAGCGCUGGAUGCUUGUACCAGAGAGCAACUGGAGGAAAAGAAAAAAAAAAGAGGAGUGGAGGAAGUAUGUUCGCCCCUUGUACAUGCUUAUAACUGUACAAAACAUGACGCAACUGGAGAAGCGCCCUUCCUUCUGAUGUUUGGUAGAGAGCCACGGCUUCCGAUGACACUUGCAUUGCUCAAUAACUUUUUCCUGUCAUUACAACAACAGAUUGCUGGGUUAGUGCAAUCUCUGUCGGGUGAUAGUGACGGGGACGUCACACUUUAAGCAGGGGUGGAUGUAACCCAGUGUUAAUUUGGUUAUCUGAUAUUGUGUGAUAUUCAGUAUAUAUGUAUAUACCUAUAUUGGGUGUUAUAAAAUGUUCUUCAAUGAUUUUGAGUUUUUUUUUUAUUGCUAUUGGUUUGCGGCUGCUUUACGACAGUCGACUGUGGUAGUACAUCCUAGCGGGAGGGGCUAUGAGCUCACGUGGCUUGUAGCUGUGCCAGAGAGCAAGCUGGGGUGAGCUAGCGGGGAAUAUCGCCUUCUGCAGUAGCCUUGAAAAGGACUAUUGUUCGUUCUCCUGCCAGACGCUUCGCUGCUGUGCUGCCUUGCUGCUGUG